CACCGCAAACUCAAAGGCACUGAAAUUCGAACCCAUUCCAAUGCGUCACCGCCAUUGACUGCUCACCGAAGUUCCUCUCGAUUUCGUUGCAGGUACGCGGAGAAGGGGCAUGGCCGCCGCAACCUCGCUCGGCGCUCUGAACCUGAUGGGGUCGUUCCGGGGCCUCUCCCUGCGCUCGAGCUCGUCGGCCUCCUUCGCCAGGGGCGACCUCGGGCCCGUGGCCGCCGCCGCCGCCUCCUCGAAGCUGUCCGUCUCGUGCCCGGUGAAGUUCCCGGUGAUCACCAUCGAGUGCGCGCACAAGAAAGGGGCCGGCAGCACCAAGAACGGCCGCGACUCCAAAGGCCAGAGGCUCGGCGUCAAGAUCUACGGCGACCAGGCCGCGAAGCCUGGGGCUAUCAUCGUGCGCCAGCGUGGUACUAAGUUCCAUCCAGGAAAGAAUGUGGGACUCGGAAAGGACCACACCAUCUUCUCUCUGAUCGAUGGACUAGUCAAAUUUGAGAAGUUCGGGCCUGACAAGAAGAAGAUAAGCGUAUACCCAAGAGAAGUUCAGCCUGAGAACCCGAAUAGCUAUAGAGCACGAAAGAGAGAGUACUUCAGGAUGCAGCGUGAACGUAAAAAAGCAAGAAAGGAAGGCAUUGUAGCUGAACCCCAGUUAGUGUUAGCUUCAGCUGAUGAUACUGCAGAAAGCAAUCCAAAUUGUUGAUACUGCGUUUGACCAAAAAAAAAAAAAAAUUGUUGAUACUGCCGCGCUUUUCCUGUCCUUAGUAAUCGAGGCUUUCUUUCAAGCUGUACAAUGAUCUCAAAUGCCUUGAUUUUAUGAUCUUUCUUUCCAUGCUGAUGAACCUUCAUCUCUGCUUUAAUUAUUAGGGUCGGUAUUAUAUUCCUAA